UAUUAUCCCACGCGUCGCUACCUCAUAACGUUGCGUGAAGUCGGACCUUUCACACAAUGUUGCGUGACAUCUUGACGCUGCUGCUAAUAGGGCUGGCUGUCACCGCCGCCCAUCCAGUCGGGCAAGAGGAGAACGGCCUGGAUUACGUACUGCAGAACCUAACGGCGGUAUGGGAGGAGCUGGCGUACCUUCGCAGUGAGGUGGACGGCCACUUCCACGCCGGGCACGAGGGCCGAUAUCACCACCAGGUUGUGGAUGAAGUGGCGAUUAUGAACCACGAGCGACAUGUUCACCAUCUGCAUCACCCUCAUACGAGUCACAAUGCUCACCAUAAUAAUGACUUGUUACACCACCUAAAACAUCACGGUCUUGACCAACGCAAACGACCAAGCCACAGUCACCAAGGAAAGCACGACCAGGACGACCAAGAUAACGGAGGGGAGGAAAGUGGUGAAGAUAACGGCGCUGAGACAGAUCAGGUCUACCACGAAGACGACCACGACACCCAUGGCCUGCAUGCUCUCCGUGACUAUGACUUGGAUGCGUUUAACCUCCGUGACCUGGCCUUCGACCAAGGUCACGGACAAGGAUCUGGCCAUGGUCAUGCUCACGUUUUUGAUGUUAGUCACAAUCACGAUCAUGGUCAUGGGACAAGCCAUUCACGUCUUCAUAGUCAUGAAUCAAGUCAUUCUCACGAUGGCAGUGACGAGGCAGAUAACUCGCAAGAAGCAGGACGACAGCCGUCUAGGAGUCCGGUACAGGCAGCCCCUGGCCGUGGUCUGGCGCUGAUCCCCGGCCGUGAGCCAAUCAGCACGGUUCCGGUGAACCCAGCGGACCCUUGGAUGUACGCCAAGUGUGACCUGAAGCCUAAUGUGGACGUCCCUGAAUCAGCUGUUCGGGGCAACAUUACGAUUUCGCAGCUGAAAAGUGGCAAAGGUCCAGUAUACUUCGAUUUGCACAUUACCGGCUUCGACGUGGCUUCAACUGGUCGCCUGCACGGUUUCCACGUGCAUGAACUCGAGGUGAAGGACGGAAGCUGUGGCUCAACUGGAGGACACUUCAACCCGCAUGCGCAGACGCACGGUGCCCAGGACGCGUCGGUCAGGCAUGUGGGCGACCUUGGCAACAUCGAAGUCGACGAGGACGGAAACGUCGAAGGCCACAUCUUGUCCGACCGCCUCGUGGCCUUCAGCGAACCCAACAAGAUCAUCGGCAGAUCUAUUGUGGUGCACGCUGGCGAGGACGACCUCGGCCUCGGUGGCGAUUCGGGCAGCCUCGCCACAGGAAAUGCAGGCGGUCGUCUUGCUUGCUGCACAGUGAACAUCAUGGCAAUGCCUUAUUUCAGGUUCAAGGGCUAAGGUCCUGUUGUUAGUCAUGUGCCUUGAUGAAGGAUAUUUCUUUUUAUCUUUUUGUUAUUGUAGUAUUUUGUUCAGAAAUUGUAUAGAAAAAAGGCAGAUGAUACAUCCUCUUGUAAUGGGACAAGGGCGUAAGUACUCUUAUGUUGAGUAUCUGUAAACUCUGAUCAUUUUUAUUGUUCUUUUUUUAGUGCUUCAAAACAGCCUAUCGUCAUAGUUACCACAGGUGCUCAGUAACUUGUCCGUGAACUAAGAGUGAAAUGGUACAAGUUUAACUCUAAGUAUUUCAUUUGUUGAUCUUUUUGGAUAUUCUAGAGGCCCAUAUAGGACGGACAAAAUCCAGUACAUGAAGCUUUCUAUAACAGCCGUUGCUACUGAGUUUACCUGCAAUGCACAGUUGCACAUAUCUGACACGUAGCCUUAAUAUAUGCUACCGUACAUUUAUAUCGCGCUUAGUAAGGUUCUUGUACUAACUUCCUUGGUAAACUAAGUCAUUAGUUAAGAUUCUUGUUAUAAGUGAAAGGUACUGUUAUAUGAUGCAUGGACGCCAUGUAUGAAUUCCACAUACAAGUAUAAACAAUAAGGACAUUCAUAUGAUAAAAAGAGAAACACGUAAAAAAAGAAUUGGGUGAAGACAUAAAUCAAGAAAAUGAAAAAGUAUGUUUUGUAUUUCUCCCUCGUGUGUAGUGUGAACUUAAAACGGUGCAAUAAAUACAAUUUGAAAUUGAA